AUGUUGUACUUUAGAUCUUAUAUUUUCGUUUUUCUCUUAAACUGUAUUUUUACAUUUGCUGCUGCUUUUAUUCCAAAUGCAAGAUAUCAUCAUUCUUCAGUCCUUAUUGAUAAUAAACUCUACUUUAGUGAUGUCUUAAUACCAUGGGUUGACCUUACUUAUACCGGCGGUCCUCAAAAAGCAUAUGCUACAGCAUGUAUUGGUGGAAAAAAUAAUGAUAUGAUUUUUAUUUUGGUGGUUUGGAUUAAUAUCACAUCUUCUGGAAGUGUACCCACAGAUAGAGACGAAAUUUCAUGUGCUAAAUUUAAUGAUGGAUUGAUGGCUAUUUUUAGUGGUUAUAGUUAUACACCUUACGCUAUCACUAAUGAACUUUGGAUAUUCAAUACACUAACAUUGACAUGGAAUUUAAACAGUGCGAUAAAUGUACCUUCAUCUCGACGAAGUUAUUGCGCAAUAACUUUGCCUGAUGAUAAUAUUUUAUAUAUUGGUGGACUUAAUAUAUCAAUGAAUAAU